CGCCGCCGCUCCCGCGGGGCCCUCGCUGCCGGAGAGGAAGUCGCGCCGGGGCUGUGUCGCGGGCCCGGGCGGCGGGCAUGGCGGAGGGCGGCGGCGGCGGCGGCGCGGCGGGCGCGGCGGGCGGCGUGGGCCCGGGCCCGGCCUCGGCGGGGCCGGCGGCGGGCGCCAAGGGCCCGGGCGCGGGCGGCGGCGGCGGCGGCGCGCUCAACCCGGCCGCGCUGCCCCCCGGGGACCCGCAGCUCAUCGCGCUCAUCGUGGAGCAGCUCAAGAGCCGCGGCCUCUUCGACAGCUUCCGCCGGGACUGCCUGGCCGACGUGGACACGAAGCCGGCCUACCAGAACCUGCGGCAGAAAGUGGAUAACUUCGUGUCGACGCAUCUGGACAAGCAGGAGUGGAACCCCACGAUGAACAAGAACCAGCUGCGCAACGGCCUGCGGCAGAGCGUGGUGCAGUCGGGCAUGUUGGAAGCCGGAGUGGACCGGAUAAUCUCCCAGGUGGUGGAUCCAAAACUCAACCACAUCUUCAGGCCGCAGAUAGAGCGAGCUAUUCACGAGUUCCUGGCCGCCCAGAGGAAAGAGGCUGUGCCCGCGCCACCCCCCGAGCCAGAGAGCCAGGACCCUCCCGCUCCAUCCCAGGACGCUUCCUAAGAGUGUGCUGGAAAGCUCUAUUUAUUCAUGGUGAAGAGUGGAUUCCCUGGCUCUCCCGCAAGCCACCUGUGGUCAGCCAGGGUGACCCCUGGUGUGGGUGGGGCCUGGACCUGGACCGCAGGGCGGGGCCUGGGUCCAUUCGCCGCGCAGACACUACAGAGUCGCAGCCACUACAGCAGCGGCCUUGCUAUACUUGACCUUGACACGCGGACGGAGCGUGCGUGUGGUCCUCAGGACCUGUGGGAGACAGAACCCGCACCCCGGGAAGGACUUCAGGCUGUUUUGGGGUGCUGUUGGGGCCCUCUGCUCCAGGGGUUCCCCUCCCUUGUCGGGUGGCAGAGUGAUAGAGGACGCCCCGUUGUGAGGUGCCGUCCUGCCCGCCCUGUGCACGUGUGUGUGCACACGUGUUGUGUGUGUUCAUGACAUUUUAUAAUAAUAAAACCCUUCAUUGUCCUUUCUGUGAGGCUGCA